AUGUCCAACAAAGCCAGGAGGAUGCUGGUUCUUCUGCUGAUCCUCCUGAAGGAAGCUGGCCUGACCGCAGCCUGCAGCAGCAGCUGUUCAUCAUUCUGUUACUGUACCAACAGAGGCCUCAGCAGUGUUCCUCAGGACCUGCCUACAAACAUCACUAUGCUUUACUUGUGGGGCAAUUCCAUCAGAACCUUAAAUCAGUCUGAUUUCUCAAGGUACAGGAGCUUGAUAUCAUUACAUCUUGGUUCCAAUCAGAUCUCCAUGAUCCAUAACAACACAUUCCACAACUUAACCAGCCUGAUUGAACUGCAUCUUUACUCUAACCAGUUAACAAGUCUGCCAGCUGACAUAUUUGAGGGACUUGGUAAUCUGCGGAGCUUGCUUCUUUCCACUAACCAGUUAACAAGUCUGCCAGCUGACAUAUUUGUGGGACUUGGAAAUCUGCAGUGGUUGUGGCUUCACAAUAACCAGUUAACAAACCUUCAUAACAACAGCAUCAGCACCAUCACAGCUGACAUAUUUGCGGGACUUGGUAACUUAGAGACUCUUGACCUGGACAGUAAUAACAUCCACAGUAUUGAGGCAGGCACCUUCAAUGACACAACAAAGCUACGUUUACUAGACCUUCAGAACAACAGCAUCAGCACCAUCACAGCUGACAUAUUUGGGAAUCUACUUCAGCUUCAAGCACUGGAACUUUCUGAUAACAACAUCAGCACUUUCCCUGUAGAGGCCUUAUCAAACUUGAAUAUGCUGUCAGAGCUUACAUUAGAUAAUAACCAAUUAGAGACACUGCCAGUCAUGGCAUAUGACAUACUGGCUUCCAUUUCUGAUGUAAACAUUGACAACAACCCCUGGCAGUGUGACUGUAGGAUGGCUCCCUUUAAGCAGAGGAUGAACGGGUCUUACACAUUUGAAAACCAGAUCAGAUGUGCCGGACCUGCUAACCUUACAGGGCAACUCUUACAGGAUGUAACAUUAAAUCCUGAAGACCUGAUCUGUGAGGAAACAACACCAGUCUACUCCACUUCCAGCACAAAACACAUGGCUGACUCUACUGACCCUCCUUUUGUUUUGACUGUGACAUUAACACUAACUGAGAGCAAUACAGGCCCUGGUGAUGGUGGCAUUGUCCUGUCUGUGCCCCUGCUUGCUACCUUGGGAGUUAUUCUUGGACUAUCCAUUAUCUGCACUAUUGGCUUUGCAGUAGGGUGCAUGUAUAAGAGGAGGCAAAGGGAUACUACUCCCCAGCAAGGCUUUAGCAACACAAACCCCACAGGCACAUCCAGUGGUCAUGACCAGAUAGGUCUGAAUAAAGUUACAACAAAUGCAGAUUCUGAAAUAAACAGUCAGUCUAGAACACCACGUCUCAAUAGAGAAGACAGCCAGCAUAUCUAUAACCUCCCAACAGAUGAGGACCCUGACACAGCUGAGUACAACACCAUAGACGAUAUUGAUCAGUCAGAAAGUGAUGAUGUCCUUAGUCCGUCACAAGCAUCACAGCCAGGCUCAGGGCAAAUUCAGCAUGUCGGCAGCUUUAACGAUGGUCAUGAGGUUCCAUCUCCCUCCCAGCCUUCUGAAGAAGGUCCACAGUCCCACAAAUAUGAGAACAGCCACGUGGCAGCAGCUGCUAAAGAUGCUGCAGCUGGUCCACAGGAUGCGGUGUAUGGCUAUGAGAAUGAGACAGUUAAUAACCAAUCACAGACAGCAGCUGCCCCUGGUGCUGACAGCCCUCACCACUAUGAACCCCUGAGGAACCCCAGCAGUCAGCAGCAGCACACAUACACAUCCCUCAUGCCUCACAGUUUACAAUGCCAGUAGAUGAUGGAUUGAUAGAUAGAUUAGACAACAAAUUGCAGUUGCUUUUUAAGAAUUACUCUCUAAAAACAAUGGUUGGCCCCCAGUAGAGUCUUGGGUGCCAUCCUACUUGUAUACCGGGGCUCCCAUACUCACUCCCUAAAAACCAAGUCCUGACACCUAUGGCCAGCAAAACAAAGGCUGAGAUUGCAGGUUUGACUUUUGAGUAAAUUUGUGGAUGAAGAGGUUUUGGCGCUUGUGUGUAAAUCUGUAACAUACUAGACACAUUUAGAGUAAAGUGCACUGAUAUAGUUACC